AGCUUUCAUGGUCCUUGUCAAGCCUUUCUGUUUUACUCGUUAUCUACAAUCUUCACUUGCGAAACGAGAUACCUGAACCCUAAACUCUACUUAAACCCCCUUAAUAAGUACCCUAUAUAUACAUAUAUCUUGAUCUUUCUCCAUUCCUCACUGCAUUGGAUUCAAAAACUUCUAACUAAACGUUUAUUAAUCGAAACCCCUUGAAAUGGCCGGCUCAUUCGAGUUCGUUGUGACAAGAAAAAACCCUGUACUCGUUACUCCAAAGUCUGAAACUCCAAAAGGUCUUUACUACCUCUCGAAUCUCGAUCAAAACAUCGCCGUCACGGUCAAAACGUUUUAUUACUUCAAAUCAAAGUCAAAAACUAACCAAGAUUCCUACAAUGUGAUCAAGAAAUCUCUCUCUGAGGUUAUUGUUCAUUAUUACCCUGUGGCCGGACGGCUGACCAUCAGCCCUGAAGGGAAGAUCGCCGUGAAUUGCACCGGAGAAGGAGCAGUGUUGGUGGAAGCUGAGACUAAUUGUGGGAUAGAGAUGAUCAAAGAGGCGAUCUCUGAGAAUAGAAUGGAGAUGCUCGAGGAACUUGUUUAUGACAUUCCUGGUGCCCGGAAUAUUCUUGAGAUUCCACCGGUGGUAGUUCAGGUGACAAACUUCAAAUGUGGUGGUUUCAUCCUAGGACUAGGCAUGAGCCACAACAUGUUCGAUGGAGUGGCGGCUGCAGAAUUCUUGAACUCGUGGUGCGAGACGGCAAAGGGCCUCCCUUUAUCUCUGCAACCUUUCUUGGACCGUACCAUUCUCCAACCAAGAAAGCCACCAAAAAUCGAGUUCCCACACAACGAGUUUGACGAAAUCGAAGACAUUUCUUGCACUGGAAGACUCUACGACGAAGAGAAACUCGUCUACAAAUCAUUUCUCUUCGAACCGCAAAAACUAGAGAAGCUCAAGACUAUGACAAAUGAGGAAGAUAGUAAUAGUAACAAUAAGGUUACAACAUUUCAAGCUUUAACCGGAUUUCUUUGGAAAUCACGGUGCGAAGCGCUACGAUUUAAACAGGACCAACGAGUUAAACUUCUUUUCGCGGCUGAUGGACGGUCUAGAUUCAUCCCUCCUCUCCCAAAAGGAUAUUGCGGGAACGGGAUAGUGUUAACAGGUUUGGUGACGUCAUCAGGAGAAUUGGUUGGGAACCCUCUUUCUCGUUCGGUUGGUCUAGUUAAGAGUGUGGUUGAUUUGGUUACCGACAGUUUCAUGAGAUCGGCUAUUGAUUACUUGGAGGUUAACCGGAACAGGCCGAGUAUGACAGGAACACUUCUGAUUACGUCGUGGUCAAGAUUGUCACUACAUAAACUGGAUUUUGGAUGGGGAGAACCCGUUUUCUCUGGACCGGUUGGUUUACCAGGGAGAGAAGUGAUCCUGUUUUUACCUGGUCUCGAAGAUAUGAAGAGUAUCAAUGUGUUCCUUGGACUUCCUGCCUCUGCUAUGAAAGUGUUUGAAGAGCUUAUGAAGAUUUGAAAAGAUUUAUAUGAUAACUUUCACAGCCAACUUAUGAUUUAUCAUAUGAAUUAAUUAUCUACAAUCAU